AGUGUCCCCGCUGCCCCCGUCAAUCAGCGCUGGCCCCGCUCCCGGUGCUGCCGAAGAUGGAGGUCCCGGAGCUGCUCUGGGUGCUGGCAGCCAUGGCCCUUGGGGGGUCGUGGGCCACCACUGUCCCUGACGAUCAUCUGCCCCCCCUCCACCGUGUCUCUGAGACCGGAGCUAUCUUUGUCCAUGAGCUGGAGCAGGAGCUGUUCCUGGAAGCCUUCCUCGCCGGGCAGGAGGAUGAGGAUGGUGAUGCAGCCGCCCCCAUCACCUUCCGAGCUCACCUCCAGGACCACCCUGACCUCCCCCGCUGGCUCCGGUUCAUCCAGCGUCACCCCAACCAGCCUGGCUACCUCUACGGCUGCCCCACGGCCACCGAAGUGGGCACCCACACCAUCGAGGUGCAGGCGUACAACAGGCACACCUACGAGACACUGACACAGCUCCUGCUCAUCACCAUCAUCCCCGCCCCAGAUGGGGAGCCACCAUACCAGGCAGAGUUCCUGGUGGGGAACAGGAACGUGGAGGAGCUGCUGGCAGAGCCCACGCAGGAGCUGUUCCUGCAGGCCACAGGGGGGAUCUGGGACCAGGACGACCUCCACAUCAUCAAUGUCACCUCUGCCCUGGACCGGGGUGGCCGCGUCCCCCUGCCCAUCGAGGGGCGCAAGGAAGGGGUGUACGUCAAGGUGGGCUCCCAUGGCACCUUCUCCCCGUGCCUGGUGGCCGCGUCCUCACCACGGAGCCGCUUCCUGUGCCACCUGGGCCAGCAGCCCCUCGCCUCCUGCUAUGACACCUUCACCCCCCCCUUCACCAUCCGCUGGUGCAACCUCACCCUGCUGCAGGUCUGGCCCAGCCCCCCCACCCAGGGUCCGACGUGGGGUGCAGGGGUGCUGGAGGAGGAUGGGGAUUUCCAGCCCCCCACCCAGCUGCCCCCCCAGGACCUGCUGCCCGGGUUCCUGGUGACACUGCUGGUGCCACUGCUGGUGGCCGCGCUGCUCUGCCUGCUCCUGGGACACCUCAUGUGCUGCCGCAGGGAGGGAGUACAAAAACGGGAUUUGGAGACGUCUGACAUCCAGCUGUUCCACCACGCCACGAUCCACGGGGACAGCCGGGAGCUGAGGGACAUGGCUGGCAGCCGGGAUGUCCCCCGGCCCCUUUCCACCCUUCCCAUGUUCAACAUCCGCACGGGACAACGCAUCAACCCCCUGCCCCCCCCCCCGCGAUGGGGCCCGGGUCCCCCUCCUCCCACCGUGACCCGGGGAGGGGGACAAUCCCAGGGGUCCUCCUGUGUCUGGGGACACUUUCCAGGGGACAAUAUUUUUUUUUUUUCGGGGGGUGCUGUGAUUAAAUGGCUUUGGAGGCUCUGGGAAGGCUGGGGGGGAUCUGGGAGCGCAGGAGCGCGGCGGGAGCAGUCGGGAAGCAGCCGGGAUGAGGAGCGGGAGCGGCAGAGGGGGCUCCAACCUGCACCCCCCACCCAUCACCCUCAGAGACCCCCCCCAGGAACCUGA